UUGCACAGGCUCAAAGCUUUACUAUACUUUGAUUUGCACCUAGCCUUCACUAUGUAGAAAAUCCUGUCCUGUCAAACAUUUCAGAUAAGUGUAGCUCCUCUUAAAAUACGUAAACACUUGUCAACAGUCCUUUCCCAAAACGUUACUCAUCAUUUAGGAAUAAACUGCCUGAAAGGCUCCACAGAAACCAAUAAGGCAUUGCACCUUUUUAUAAUGUGUACACAGUAGCACAGAUAAGCAAACUGCAUGAGAACAGAUGUUGGUUAUUCAGAUACAUUCAAGGCCUUAUCAGUGUCAUAUGCUGUGCUAUGAGAAAGACAGCAUUACGAGUGCUGAUGCAGAACCAGGAUCCUGGCUUCCAGAUCUUCUGUGAUCGACUUUAAUGGGGAAUAUUCUGCAGGAGUGGAUAGAGACCGUUCCCACAAAUGUCAGUACCAUCAACGUGUUGAUGGACCAUGGUGUUACAGCCCUGUGCUCAAUCUGUGGUGACCGUGCAACAGGAAAACACUACGGUGCUGCCAGUUGUGAUGGAUGCAAAGGUUUCUUCAGGAGAAGCGUUCGGAAAAAUCAUGUCUAUUCAUGCAGGUUUAGCAGGCAGUGUGUGGUCGACAAGGAUAAAAGAAACCAAUGUAGAUACUGCCGACUGAAAAAGUGCUUCAGGGCUGGGAUGAGAAAGGAAGCUGUACAAAAUGAACGGGACAGGAUCACCAUUCGCAGAACAAGCUAUGAAGAUGUUGGCUCUCUCUCUAUCACUAUACUCGUACAAGCAGAAGCAAUGUCUUGUCAGAUUUCUGCCUUAAAUCCUGUGCAUCCUGCUGAUAUUGCAAUGAAGAAAGUAGCAACCAUCAGUGAUGUCAGUGAGUCCAUGAAACAACAGUUACUCGUGCUGGUGGAAUGGGCUAAAUGUAUCCCAGCAUUCUGCGAAUUGCUACUGGAUGACCAGGUUGCACUGCUCAGAGCUCAUGCAGGGGAGCAUUUGCUGCUGGGAUUGGCCAGACGUUCAAUUCCCUACAAGGAUGUUCUCUUACUAGGAAAUGAUUUCAUCAUUCCCAGGCACUGCCCGGAGUUAGAGAUUAUGCGGGUAGUCAACAGGAUCCUUGACGAGCUGGUGAAACCAUUGCUGGACCUCCAGAUUGACGAGAAUGAAUUCGCUUGCCUUAAAGCUGUGGUGUUCUUUGAUCCAGAUUGCAGAGGUGUAAGUGAUUCAGCAAAAAUCAAAAAUAUGAGAUUCCAAGUGCAGGUCAAACUGGAGGACUACAUCAACGAUCGCCAGUACGACUCCCGUGGACGAUUUGGUGAUAUUCUGUUGCUUCUUCCACCUCUGCAGAGCAUCACAUGGCAGAUGAUCGAGCAGGUUCAGUUUGCUCGACUCUUUGGAGUGGCGAAAAUUGAUAGCCUUUUGCAGGAAAUGCUCUUGGGAGGGUCUACAACAGAAGUACAGCAGUACUCACGUUCUGCACUUGUCCACAGCCAUUUACUUCCCCACGCAGUGAUGUCAACCGGUAUGUCAGCAGCCAUUCAUCAAGUUCAACUCUCAUCUCCAGAAACUCCACUUCCAUCUCCGUCGUCUGGCUCUGGAAAUGAGGAAAUCAAAAUGCGUCCUGUCAACCAUAUCCAAGCUCAUUCUUUACCUAUGCUGCCUCAAACUCUCAUUCCCAAACAAGAGAUACUGUAAGAAAACACAAAUUGGGUGAAAUUCAAACACGACUUGCCUUAUUUUACUGCAGGCACUUCUACAUAACAUGACUGCCAUUUAAUACGCACUGAACUGUCACAUGCUGGGAUUGCAUAAACAUGAUCAAGCAUCGAGUUUUGCCACCUCUUUACAUAUUAGUAGCAUACAUAGAAAUCAAACAUAUAGUACUGUGUAAAAAUCAUAGGCACAUUUAUACAGCUAGGGUGCCUAAAACUUCUGCACAGAGAGUGAGCUUGUAACUCUAUUGGUAGAAAAGGAUGUUGAGAAUGGUGAGGUUGGAAUACUAUAGGAGAGGUGUGGGACAGGUAGUAGAGGAGUACCAGGGGCAGGGGUUGGCUAGGGUGCAGACACACCUAACCCUGAGGCACCGGGCAAGGUCGUUUGAUUCCAAACAUUUUGUGUAUUGAUCAUUACAGGGUAUAUCUCUAGUGCUUCCCGCUUUCUCCCCUUUCCCUUUUCUCAAACAUGAUUCCCCUCUCCCUGAUGCCUUCCCACUUCCAGUCCACAAUAGAGACUCAUAUCAGAAUCAGGUUUAUCAUCACUCACAUAAUGUCAUGAAAUUUGAUUUCUUUUGUGGCACCAGUACAGUGCAAUACAUAAAAUUAAUAUGUACUGUACAAAAGUCUUAGGCACCCUUAGGCAUUCGUGCCCCAAGAAUUUUGCAUGGUACUGUAUACAAAUAAAAUUUUCCACAUUUAUAUAGUACUUACCUUAAGUUUUCAUGUGUUUGUGGCACAGACAGCUUGGAGAUAAGACUCUUAUGUAUUUUCAAAGAUCACAGAACUACAGAGGGAAUUAACACAUCAAGGCACAAGAGACUAGAUAUUGGAAACUGGAGCACAGAAAAUGCUGGAUGAACCCAGCAAAUCAUGAAGGAUAGUUAAUGUUUCAAGUUGAGAUUCAGCAUCAAACCCUGAUGCCAGAUCUCAACUGCAGAUGUUGACUAUAAUUUGCUGCUUGACCUUCUGACUUCGUCUAGCUGUUCCUUACUGGGUAAGUGAGUGUAGCCCCCCGGCCACCCUCAGGGUCUCUCGGCUCGCUGUUGUCUAGGGAAAUGGCCCUCGGCCCCGCCAAACUGGAUAAUAGUUUGUGUGGAUGCUGUGUGAUGUACCCCACCCCGCCCAAAUAACAGACAAUACACCAGAUACGAUUAAAUGAUUUACAGUUUAUAGAUAUUACUGGAACUAUAUAAUUAAUAGAGAAUAAAAUAUGAAAGGAAAAUAAAAGGCACCACACUUAUCAAAGUUCAAUCUCUUUGUGCACAAACAGUUGAAGCUCAGGACCCUUCUUCUUCACCCUGCGACCCCUCGGACCACCUCGACCGGCCGCCUGGGACCAACAACGGUGGUCGACCAGAUGCUUCACACGAGUCCGUCUCCGUCUCCUCUCCUCGCUGAAAGCCCUCCUCAGGGUCCGACCCCAUUAGCAGACAUCACAGCACCUGGUUCAUCCUCUGUCCCUCUCUCCCGCCUUCUCCCCAAAAACCCCGUGCGCACAAUAUCUUCAGACACACCAAAAGCAUAACAACUAUCACAAUUGGUUCAUUCGUCCUCGUAUCAAUAGAUAAUACAAAACAAACUGCUAGCGGGAAGGACUUUCUCAGCGUUUAACAUAACAAAGAAGCAUUCCCAAGUAUAACAUAACAAAGAAGCCGUUUUAAAUUUAACAUACAAAAAAUCCCAUACAUGAGUUAUAUUUGUAACUCUUAUAUACUCCAGUUUUGUCAUGGAGCUAUUUUUCAAUCCUAUUGCUUGAAUGUAGCCAUGCUCCAUAUCUGCAGCCAGAAUUUUGUACAAGUGUUCUCUUUCUGGCUUUGGUGAAAUGCUCUCUCAAAGCUGUGAGUAGAUUUUCAGAGGCUGAAGAAAUCAUUUCAUUUUCCAGCGCAAUUGUUUCAGCAUUUAAACCAAUUAACCUCACAGUGAUCACCUUGUAGUUUCUCAUUUUUUAAAACUAUAUUUUUAACUGUGUCACAUUAAAAACGAAAAGCUUUUCAUUUGCUGAUUCUUAAGCAUGUGUGCAAACAUGAAUAAUAUUAGGUAACUUGAAAAUUAAAUUUGAUUUUAGAGGAAAGUGAAUUGUAUGUUUUGUGUUGCUUUAGACCUUAAUUGGAUAUUCUGACUUACAUAAAACAAGAGCAUUUUCCAGUGAGAUUAGCCAGGAAGUAUAAUGUGAUAAACGCAGAAUAAUACAUAAGGGUAUCUUAUCUAGUCUAUUUUCCACUUUGCACUUCUAGAGUAAAUUUGAGGCCAUUUGGCUAUAUAUUAAAAAUAAAAAAAGAUUUAUAGAGAAAAGGUUCUUUGUUUCAUGUUACUGCAUUCACUGUUUUUAAGCAGCUGUUCAAUAUUUGAUUAAGAAUAUAGCUGAGGGGAUACUAGAUCAUUUGCCAGUCCCAUUUGCCCUCCAGAAAAUAUUACAGCGUUCUGUUAAUCACAAUGAAAACAAAUGCAUUUUGGACACAAAUCACAUGAAAAAAAUCCAGCUCAGCAGGCAACCUCAUUGCAGAUUUCUCUGGGGUCUUUGAAUGACUCAGCUUCUCAAGACAGUUAGCACAUUUGUACAUGAUAACAGUAUGAAGCAUUUUCUUGCUUCAUUCGUCAGUAAUACCUAUGGAAAACAAGAAAAAAAACAAACGGGAGAGGAAUCAGGGGUAACAAGUACAGGGAAGGAUACUUGGUAGUGUGGAGGAGCAGAGGGAUCUGGGGAUACAUGUUCACAGAUCCCUGAAAGUUGCCUCACAGGUGGAUAGAGUAGUUAAGAAAGCUUAUGGGGUGUUAGCUUUCAUAAGUCGAGGGAUAGAGUUUGAGUCGCGAUGUAAUGAUGCAGCUCUAUAAAACUCUGGUUAGGCCACACUUGGAGUACUGUGUCCAGUUCUGGUCGCCUCACUAUAGGAAGGAUGUGGAAGCAUUGGAAAGGGUACAGAGGAGAUUUACCAGGAUGCUGCCUGGUUUAGAGAGUAUGCAUUAUGAUCAGAGAUUAAGGGAGCUAGGGCUUUACUCUUUGGAGAGAAGGAGGAUGAGAGGAGACAUGAUAGAGGUGUACAAGAUAAUAAGAGGAAUAGAUAGAGUGGAUAGCCAGAGCCUCUUCCCCAAGGCACCACUGCUCAA